AUGUGGAGUGCCUGCCAGGCUACCUUUGAAGUUGGAGACGUAGCGUGGUUUGGUCAGUUGCGGGGCAUCGUGCGGUAUGUCGGCAAGACCCAGUUUGCGGAGGGAGUAUGGUUCGGGAUCGAGCUGGAUGAGAAGGCGGCUAGAAGUUACUUGCGCACUUGCACAGGGUACCCAUCAGCGCGUGAAGCCAGGAAGGGAAAAAUGACGGCACCGUAA